AAAUAAUAAAAAAUGGAAAAAACAGCUGUUUUGGAAACAACCGUUGCCGUAAUUAGUCACUCCGAUACAAUUACUAUUGAUACCGUUGAACUAAUAAUUCCUCCUUCUCAGUUUAUUUCGCUCAUCAAAGAUGUAUCUAAUAUUUUGUCAAAAGUUAUAGAAUUGUAUAGGUCAGCUCAGCAUAAUAAAAAUAUUACCAGGAUUUUGGUGGAACGUAUUUCUGUUGCAAGUGCCUCUAUUAAUGUUUUACAUGCAAGAGAUGAUUUAUUAACUUCAACUUAUUAUAAAAUUUUACAAAGAUUGGUUCAAGUUCUUCAUAAUAUGAAAGAAUAUAUUGAAGAAAUAACACAAUAUAAUACAGUACAAAAGUUUUUAGGAACUGAAAUGAUUGAAAAAAAAUUUAAAGAAUUGUGUAAAGAAUAUGAUAGCUGUAUUAUUUUGUUAAAUUCUAAUUUAUCAGUCAAUUUUAAUUUUAAUACUGAACAAGAAGAUAAAAUUAUAAAGGAAGAUAUAGUACAACUUUCCAAAUUUCAAAAAGUUUUAGCAGAAUGUAUAAACGAUGUGAAACAAAAAGUCACUCACACAAAUGAUCAGAUGAACUUAAUCGUUGAGCGAGUCAGUGAAAUGGCAAUAACUAUGCAAAGUAUGCAAAGUAACAUGAAAAGUAUGACGUACACAGAAGACAACAAAAUUCAAAAAAGAAUCGAUAAUAUCUUUCGUAUAUCUUCACUACCAUUUGAAGAUUAUGAAGAAGCUGACGAAGAAGGACGUGGUUAUAAAAUUUAUAAAUUGAGAAAAUACGUUCAUAUAAAAACUAAAGAUGAAUUUGCCUUUAAAGUUCUGGACCCAUCUCAUAUUAAUGAAGUUAAAAAUCAAGUUACAAUUCUUAUGAAACUUAAAGAUUGUCAAAAUAUCAUUAAUUUCUAUGGUCUUACUAGUAAUGGAUUAGAAACUUAUUUAGUAACUGAAUGGGCAGAAAAAGGAAACUUACGUGAAUAUAUUCUUGACCAUGAACAAAAUAUUGACUUAAAAUUGAAAUUAAAACUUGCCUAUGAUAUUGCUAAAGGUUUGAAUUUCCUGAAUUCUGUCAAGAUAGUUCAUCAGGAUAUUAGAUCCGUAAACAUCGUAAUUACAGAUCACGAUGUCGCUAAAAUUACAAAUUUUAAAUAUAGUAGAAAAUUUGAUGAAGCUAAACAUAAUUUAGUUCAAAAUGAAGACUAUGUUCGAUAUAAUGCUCCCGAAAUGUUAAGAAGAAGAACUGCGGGAGAUUAUUCUAUCAAGUAUGAUACCAAAUGUGAAGUUUAUAGUUUUGGUAUUAUCCUUUGGGAGAUUGCUGAACGUAAGGUUCCGUACGAUCAGUUCGUAGAUUUUAUUGCAAUUGCGAAAAUAGUAAUGGGUGGGUAUCGAGAAAAAUUUACAUCUGGUACCGAUAUUCCGAAGAAAUAUCAAGAACUUGUAAAUAAAUCUGUCGAUCCAAAUCCAGGUUAUCGACCUAUAUUCUCAAAGGUGUUAACAGAUCUUCAGGAUAUCUUUAGAAGUCUUGAAACACCCACAAAUUAUCCCAAUUCUUUGAAUAGUAACAUAACUCCUCCCGUACAAAAAAUGACUCAAGGUUAUGAAAAAAAAUCUGUUUAG